GCGAGCUCCUAUAUCAUCAUGUGUUCCUGGUAGCAAAGUCGUAAAAUCCCUGUUAAAAUGGAGUGUUUCGGGCCGUUCCAACGGCAACAUUCGUGUUCUGUCCCCGUGACGUGAGGCGCAACGCAUAAACAAUCCCGAUCGCAUUCGAGGACGAUCUUAUUAGCGCAAGCUGCAAGAGCGACAUGUCAGAAACAACCACCCUAUCGAAGCGGAAUCCAAGCUCGCGACCCGCGGCCGUCACCCGGGCGGAUACCAAGCUACCCCGAUGCGUGCAACGUAGAUUGCCGUGCGCCCCGGUGCCCGUACGAUGCCAUCCACGGCCAAGUCCGUACCGUGUCACCGAUCAUCGCGUCGUACCGAAGAGACCCUACAGAUUAGCGGUCGGGUUGUCGGCGACUACUAAGAUCAGUCGCGUGAUCUCGACGCCGAUUUCCAAGAACGGCUCCGACCGAUGUCCACCUGGCUUCCUGGCCAUAGGCACUCCUCGCUGCAAGAAGAGCCUGUCAAUGAUGGACCUUUCCCUGCCCAGCGUCGAUGCCGGCGAGCUCAAGUCGGAAAGUGGUUCCUCUGUCAAUCGUCUCAACGAGAUUGCCGACAGACCCAAAGAGAUCUUGAUGAAUGGUGGAAAUGCCUACUGCAGUGGCAGAUCUUGGACGGAUGCUACGCCAUCCAUGGAAUCCGAACAAGGCGACGUAGUCGCUCCAACAGAAGAUCCGACUGUCAAAGCAGCGAAUGUAGUAUGUCACAUGUUAGUGCUUAACGCUUGGCGACGUAGACGCACUGAGAUCGCGCAGUUGGAGCAACAGGUGGAACAUCUGCAUCUGCAGAUUGAGUUCCUACGUCGAUUGUUACUCGCCGAGAACGAUCGGGUUGGCAGAUUGAACAGCGAGCUGCAUCGUGAGAAAUCACAGCUGGAAGAGGCGGUGCGCGAACGUGAAGCCAUCAAAUCGGAAAAAGAAAAGCUGGAGGUCGAACUAAAGCGCGCUGAGGAAGUCUCGCAGGAGCGAUUAGUUGCUGUUGGAAACUUGAAGAACGAACUUUUGACCGUUCAGGAUCAAUUAAAGGCACUUGACGCUCAAAUGGCGAAGGAUCGGGAGAAACUUUUGAAGUUACGAGAGGACAAGAGAAUUCUUCUAGAUAAGGUAUCUGCCAGCGAAGUAGUAGCGGCAGCGCGUGGCGCCAGAGCAGAAAAAGCAGAAUCUGCUGUUAAAGAAAUACAGAUGCAAUUAGCUGCACAGGUAACUGUCGCCGAGUCCACGCAGGAGCAGCUGCAACGCACUUCCAGAGAACUGCAUGCCGCCGAGACGGAGAAACAGAGAUUGGAGAACCGAUUGAGAGCCAGCGAAGAUAACGUGAAGAUUUUGAGCUUACGCACGGUUUCUUUAGAGAAUCAGCUGGCCGAUCGAGAAGCAGAGCUCCGCUGCAUCGAAACGGAAUAUAAUUCACAAAUGCUGGAAUUGAGCGAACUGAGAGAGCGUUUACUGCGGCAAGAGGGUGGCUGGAGCAGUCGGAUGCUGCAGAUUGCCGGCAGCAUCAUGCGCGCAUCGAUCUUACGGACUUUCACGUUUCUGUCCAGCGCCACUCUGCCACUGCCGCCAUAAGAAGUUUAAGGGUGACCGCAACUUCCUGAGAGUGUAAGUUAAUUUUUGCCGGAGGAAGUGUAUUGAUAAGUCGAUUCAGACGCCUCCGGCCGCGAAGAGGAGAAUCCUACGAUCAAUGUUCGAAGGCGGGAAAACGGCGAGGACAGACGGCACGCGCGACAGCCGAGAAAUUGACAAGCAUUAACUUUCUUUCGAUUAAACUAUAUAGCAAUCAAUUUUUUUAUUAAUAUUUAAUUUUUGAGUAGUAGAUUUUAUAUAUAUACUGUGGAUAAAAAACGAGCAAUUUUAUUGCGCCAU